GGCAGGUGGCACAGUGGACGGACGACGCCCAAACGAAGAGUGGUCAGCAACGGAGGUCGCUGGUCGAAAGUUUGGGGAUGAUCAUCGGCGACAAUCGCGUUAAGCGAGCACGACCGGCAUAAUGAGAGGGGUGGCGAAUAUUACCGGGGGGGCGGACGAUAUAUUAGGCGAUGAAGAUGGUGCAGUUGCGGAGGAUUGCGAGGUGGACGACGGGGCCGGUAAGGACGACGAGGAGGACGACGAGGAGAUGGAGAUUCAUCCAGUAGGGAGAAAGCGGGGAGGGUCGAGGGCCGCAAAAAAGUUGUCGGAAACGCGCACGGGGCGGAAGGGGAAGAACGGUGUGGAAGAUGCGUCGGCUGGCGAGGGAUCAAAAAGCCAGGAUUUUUUGACCGUGGAGCACAUGAUUGCUCUUAUCCGGGCAAAAAGAGACCAGGAUUCGCAUCUUGCCGGCCUCGCACACACCACGGGAAGAAUGAAGACGAAGACAUGGAAGUGGGACGACGUGGAGAAGAGGCUGGUGCACAUGGGGGUCACGAGUAGAAAGGCCGUCGAUUGUGGGAAGAAAUGGGACAACCUGUACCAGCAAUUCAAAAUUGUGCACAAGUUUAUGGGAGAAUCGGGGAAGCCAAAUUUCUUCACACUAAUGCCAGGCGAGAGGAAGGAGCGGGGGUUCGAUUUCUGGAUGGAUGAGCGUGUAUAUUCGGAGAUGGCAGCGAUGACUAGGAGCGAUCACACCAUACACCCCACCAAUCUUGCCGACACUGGUGCGACUGGAGGUGUUCAAAUGCCCGGCCCACGCGGAGGUCGGAAUGAAUCCGGCGGUAGUGAGGGGGGCGGGGAUGGACAGGACGACGAUCAGGGGUCCACGAGGGAUUCUAUCAGCUCGUGUGAGUAUGCCCUGAGACCACCUCCGGAGGUGGUCUCAGAAAGGGUACGCCCGCGGCCCCACAGGCCGCUGACAGAAGGGUCACGGUUUGAGGCAUUUCGGUAGCGAGCCUCUCCAGUGUGACCCGAAAAAUGACUCAAAUUUUGGGAUUUUGGGUCUUUUGGUCCUCAUGUGAGUAUGCCCUGAGGGGCGGUGUUUGUAUAGAAGCCUUCUAAGCACUAUAAAUCUA